CCCCGCCCGCCGGGGCUGCGGGGCUCGUGUUCGGCGGCGGGGACAGUCAAAGUGGCUCCCAUAGGGAGAGACGGCGAGUCCGCCCGGCGCUGCGGGAGAGGGAGGGGGCACGGGGAGCCCCAGGGUCUCCCUCCGGCCGUCCGUCCGCGCCGCCGCCGCGGGUGCGCCCCUCUCGCUCCCUUCCCGGCGUGCGCCCGGCUCCGGCAACUCGCUUCCUGCGCGGCUGGAGGAGGGAGGAGAGAGGAGAGGAGCGGAGAGCGCUUCGGCUGGGAGAGGAGAGAAGAAAGAGGGAGAAAAGAAAGAAAGACAAGAGAGAGGGGAGAAGGGGGGGGACUUGCCUCUCUUGUCACUGGAAAAUGACACUUGAUGUAGCAGAGCCUGCCGCAGCUCCCGUUCGUCCUAUUGUUUCUUAAACUGCCAUCUGAGAUUUUUUUUUUUUUUUUUUUUUUGCCUGCUGCCAUCCGAGGGGUGUCUUCAUACAAAAGGGACUUCAAGUACUCCUCCGGCUUGCGAGCGCUGCAACCAGCCCCCAGCACCCCGCCAGCCCCUCCAAGCACCCAAACAAACUGCACACGCAGCAAACAGCAGCGACAAAACCGGGCUCUGAUUGCCUCUGGAUUUUUUUUUUUUUUUUAAAUGUGCGUGCCUGUGUUUGCUUUCUCCGACUUGCUUUGAUUCCAGCGAUCAGCUACAGAGAGAGAGAAAAAAAGAGAGAAAGAAAGAAAAAAAACCCCCACAUAUAACAGUCCGCCUGGCGAUUUUAUCACUUUUAAAAAAUUUUGAAUAAAGGAGGAAGAUUUGCGCUGUUGUUUCUGAUUCAUGUUUGGGAUUCAGGAAAGCAUCCAGCGGAGUGGGAGCAGCAUGAAGGAAGAGCCCCUCGGCGCGGGGAUGAACGCGGUGCGGACGUGGAUGCAGGGAGCCGGCGUCCUGGACGCCAGCACGGCCGCUCAGAGCGGAGUGGGUCUGGCCCGGGCUCACUUCGAGAAGCAGCCGCCUUCCAACCUGAGGAAGUCCAACUUUUUCCACUUCGUCCUGGCUCUGUACGACCGGCAGGGGCAGCCCGUGGAGAUCGAGCGCACCGCCUUCGUGGGCUUCGUGGAGAAGGAGAAGGAAGCCAACAGCGAAAAGACCAACAACGGGAUCCACUACCGCCUGCAGCUGCUCUACAGCAAUGGGAUCAGGACGGAGCAGGAUUUCUACGUGCGACUCAUCGACUCCAUGACCAAGCAGGCGAUAGUAUAUGAAGGCCAAGACAAGAACCCAGAAAUGUGCCGAGUUCUGCUCACGCAUGAAAUAAUGUGCAGCCGCUGUUGUGACAAGAAAAGCUGUGGCAACAGAAAUGAGACUCCAUCAGAUCCAGUGAUAAUUGACAGGUUCUUCUUGAAAUUUUUCCUCAAAUGUAACCAAAAUUGCCUAAAAAAUGCAGGAAACCCUCGAGACAUGCGUCGAUUCCAGGUCGUGGUGUCUACAACAGUCAAUGUUGAUGGCCACGUGUUGGCAGUGUCAGACAAUAUGUUUGUGCACAACAAUUCCAAGCACGGGCGGAGAGCUCGAAGACUCGAUCCCUCGGAAGGUACGCCUUCUUAUCUGGAACAUGCAGCUACACCAUGUAUCAAAGCCAUCAGUCCAAGUGAAGGAUGGACUACAGGAGGUGCCACUGUCAUCAUCAUAGGAGACAAUUUCUUUGAUGGGUUACAGGUCAUAUUCGGCACCAUGCUGGUUUGGAGUGAGCUGAUUACUCCACAUGCCAUCCGUGUACAGACGCCUCCCCGACAUAUCCCAGGGGUUGUAGAAGUCACAUUGUCCUACAAGUCUAAGCAGUUUUGCAAGGGAACGCCUGGAAGAUUCAUUUACACAGCUCUGAACGAACCCACCAUUGACUACGGUUUCCAAAGGUUACAGAAGGUUAUCCCCCGGCACCCCGGUGACCCCGAACGCUUGCCAAAGGAAGUAAUACUUAAGAGGGCUGCUGAUUUAGUAGAAGCACUCUAUGGUAUGCCACAUAAUAACCAGGAAAUAAUCCUGAAAAGAGCCGCAGACAUCGCCGAAGCGCUCUACAGCGUCCCCCGCAACCACAACCAGCUCCCCGCCCUCGCCAACACCUCCGUCCACGCGGGAAUGAUGGGAGUGAAUUCCUUCAGUGGCCAGCUCGCUGUCAAUGUCUCUGAAGCCUCCCAAGCCACCAACCAGGGUUUCACUCGUAACUCCAGCAGUGUGUCACCUCACGGCUACGUGCCAAGCACCACCCCGCAGCAGACAAACUACAACUCUGUCACAACAAGCAUGAAUGGCUAUGGCAAUGCUGGAAUGUCAAAUUUAGGCGGUUCUCCAACCUUCCUGAAUGGAUCUGCUGCCAAUUCUCCCUAUGCCAUUGUGCCAUCAAGUCCGACGAUGGCCUCCUCCACUAGCCUCCCCUCCAACUGUAGCAGCUCCUCCGGGAUUUUCUCCUUCUCACCAGCCAACAUGGUCUCAGCGGUGAAACAGAAGAGCGCGUUCGCGCCUGUCGUGAGACCCCAAACCUCCCCCCCUCCCACCUGCACCAGCACCAAUGGCAAUAGCCUGCAAGCUAUAUCUGGCAUGAUUGUUCCCCCCAUGUGAAAGAAUUGCCUUGAAGAAUUUUAUUAAUGAAGAGGUUGAAUUCUGCUUCAGAGAGAAUCUGAUACAAGUCCCAGAGUGGAACUUUUUACUCAGGCCUUUUUAAAAAUAAAAAAGAAAUAAAGAAGGAUCUUACAAUAACUGCAGAUUUUUAAACGAAACAAAAAUCACCAUCCUUGCAAAUACUGAAAUUAACAAUCCACAAUUGCAAGGUGUUGAUUCGAGUUGUCCAUCCCAAAUACCUGGGAGAUAUAUUUAUUGUAUGUUGAUAAAAAAUCCACUUUUUUUUUUUUUGGGGGGGGGGGUGGGGGCUUGCUUUUAUUUCCUUCUGGUUUAUUGUGUUUUUGGUUUUUUUAAGGCUUGAUUUAACUCAACACCAUUUGUCUUUUAUAAAUCAAACAAUUACACAAGGGACACUAGAGAUGGAACUCCACAUUUUUAAUUUAUGAAUUUUAUUUUUUUUUUAAAGCUGUGUAAUGAAGAAUAAAGUGGUGUCAUUUGCAUACAAGUCUGUUUGGGACAGAAUAGAAGUGCCAGUUAGUUUUUGGUAGAAGAAUUAUGGCCAUUUAAUCAAGGGUCGGCUCAUAUAUGUUGGUUAUCCAGUGGUGACUUGCUGAUAGGAUGCAUUUUUAAUGUUCUGAUUAAACAGAUAUCACUCCCUAGAAAGCUGAUAUUUUUGGAUUAUGAGGGCAGGGUGAGGGGUGGGAUUAGUCUUUAAAUCAGGCUGAAAAAUGGUGUAGAUAAUACAACAGGAAAAAUUCAUCCCAGAACGCCAGGUUGGAAGGGGACCUCAAGGUCCAACUUUUCUUGUCAAAAAGCUGGUGGAGGGGAAGGGAAGGAUGGAAAUAUCAGAAAUGUUUCCUCUGGAGGUGCAAACCCAGUAGAUGCAGUGCCAGACCUGCAGGAGGAGGUGAGCACCCCUCUCUUUUUGGGUGAUAUCUCAGACCCUCCAAGCUCUCCCUUCCCCAAGAGCCUCACCCGGGCUCUGCCCUUUGGGUUUGGCGUGGGGGGCACAGACUGGGCCAUCCCUGGGGGGUUUCCAGCUCUCUCUCCCCCUGAGAACCCUCCUGGUUCUGCUGGGGCUCCCUGGGGCAGCCCCAGCUGAGGUUUGCACCCUCCCCACCCAAAAUCUCUCCUGGCCAAGCUCCCACUGGCAUCGCUCCUGUAUCAGUCGACCCUCCCAGUUCGUACCAGGCUCUAUCCAGGACAGGGAUCUGCUUUUGAGCAGGGAAACCUGAGUUUGGGGGUGGGUUUCAAAUCAAAACCAUAGCUUCUGUUUUACCACAAAAAAAUUUUGCUAUCAUUAUCUGGGAAGUGUUCUUAAAAAUUAUUAGUCAAAGAGGCAGCAAAGCUCUGAAGAUGCAUUACCUGAUAUUUUUUCUUUGCUGUUGUGUUUUGUAUGUAGUUAUAAAUACUGUAGAUUUUUUGUGAUUUUUUGCCAAAGUUGUUGUUCUAUUUAUACAUUUUAAUGUCUUAAGACAGUUUUUCAAUAUCACAAAAAAAAAAAAAAAAGAAUUUUACUGCAUAUUUUGCAAAAAGAGCUCACUACCUUUAGCUUGCACAUACUUGCAAAUUAAUUAAAGAAAAAAAAAGCUUUUCGUUUCUGUUUUUUGUUUGUUUGUUUUACGGGGGAUUUUGUAAAAUAUCCAUAUAAAUAAUGUAUUUAUCUUUGGAAUUUGUACAUUGCUUUUUGUCCCCUACAAGUUUAUUUUAUUGUGUAUGUUUGCUAUGUGAAAAGUGCUGAUUUGUUUGGUCAUUCACCGUUGUAUUAGCUGUUUAAAUGUGAUUUUAAUACAUUUCAUUUAUAGGGUUGGUUUUUUUUUAGUAUUGUUUAAAACCAUGCUUCCAUUUUUUUUUUAAUUUCCACCCAAAAGCCAUUGUCUAUUUUUGUAUUAUUUGUAAGUUAAGAAGUUUUUUCCAAUAUAUGGCAAAAAGUAGCAUAUUAUUCUUGUAGCAUUUAGUUAUGUAGAUUUAAAAAAAAAAUGUAUCCUUUGCUUUUGAGGCUUAACAAAAACUAAUGCUGUUUUACUCUAUUAAUAUGCAUGGGAUUUCUCCUCUUUGGAGUGACGCAUUUUUGUGCAUUAAAUAUGGGGAGAAACUUCAUAGAACUCAAUGAAAAUACUUUCUUUCUUAAGUCUGCUUGUAUAUUUCUCUGUCUUUCACAUAAAUAUAAACCAGCAGAUUGGAUGCCUUAACAAUGCAAAUCAUAUUCAUUUCACUUGUACAUUGUACUGUGCACCAGAACUGUCAAUCAUCACUAACAUUCUAAGAAAAAAAAAAAAAAAAGGAAUUGAAAAGCACAAAAGAACUGUUUUGUUACCUUAAAACAAUAUAACUUUUUUCUAGUCGAGCAAGAAAUCAUUUACAACGAUGCUGCAACUGUGCAUGCUUCCUGUAUGAAUUUUGCAAUGGUUUUCACUAGAAUGUCACAGUGUGAUCUUUGGGGGGAAAGGGAAAGAAAAACAGGAUUUUUUUUUUUUUUUUUUUCAUGGUGAGAAAAUAAAAGAAGAGAAAACUGGAAAAAAAAAAUGUGAGAGACAUCAGUUUAUUGCUUCUCUGUAUUCCAAGUGAUUAUUCUAAUUCACAUAAUAAGCAACAGCACGACAAUGUAAUCAAAUUUAAAGCCAUAUUUUGUCCAGUGACACCGUCGAUUACUCUUGUAGAGCUCCACUCAGUCCUAGCAGUUCUGACACCACUUUAGCCACAUUUGUAGUCUCUACUCCAGUGUCCAAAGAGCCUUUGACAAUGUGCAUCAUUCCAUUCUUUUGCAGCUAUUUAUCGUGAUCUGAUGAAUGGGAAUUUAUUCAAAAUCUCCCCCGCACCACCCUUUGUCUUUUACAAAGUAAAAGAUGCAGCUGUUUACAGAAUAUGGCUUUAAGUGGAAACAUUCAGAUUUCAGUUUUAACAAGGUGAAGCUUCACAAUGACUGGAUUGCAUAAAGUAAUGCCUAUUUCCUCACAGUUGUACUAGGAUGCAGCUAAAAUGAAGUCAUCUCUGAAACUACUAACCUUUCACCUUCUUAUCUAAAUCUUUUUGAAUAGACACACACACUGUACAGUUCUAUUGUUAGAGAAACUAACUACUGUAGAGAUUGUUAUAAUUUUUUUGCAGAAAUUCAAGCUGUAAAAACUUUUCAACUUUCACAAUAUUUAAUUAAAGUUACUUCCUGUCUGUGAA